AUUCAAAACAAAAGAAACACAUAAUGCACAUAGUAUGUUAUAAUUAUUAUAUGGCCAGUGUUGCGUAGCCAGUGCCACGCUUUGUGUUCCAAUCCAACAAUAUUGCCGCAUUUUGUGGCAAGCAUCAACUUUGUUUUCAUUGUUCUUCACGCCCGAUUUUACCUUGAACGAGAAUAACGUGUAUUGAGUUCCGUUAGUGCGCUCAUCAAUUUGGAAAUCUGCAAUCAAAAGGACAACCGCUCCAAUUGUCAGCAGCUUGUGAUUCGAUCUGACGCUCUUCCUGUCGUUCAUUGGAGCCGCAGUUUCUAGUUGGUGGUGUUCCUUGAAGAAAUAAUGUUGACAUAGAGAUGGCCAAAAUUUCACGACGCGUCUCGUCGUCUGCAGCAACGCCGUCAACAGCAACAACAACAACAACAACAGCAACUACAAGCCAGCAAUCUUAUCAAUCAUUAGAGAGAACAUCAGCCAACAGCCAUAGCCAAAAUUAUGCUCGAGAAGGACACGUUGAGGAUGCCGUCGUUGCAACCAAGCACAGUCAAUCAAGAAUCACCCGCGCCUUGGCCACCACGCCACACAAUCAUGGACAUAGCAUUGAGGAUAGCCGAAGUGCAGCUGCUCUACGGCUUGCUGGUCAUUCUGCUCCUGGUGGUGGCCGCGAGUCGCGAUCAGCGUCAACGUCUGCAUCAUCGACACCGGCGACGUUCAGCCGAGCCAACUAUUCCACUGCCGCUUUCAACGAGACACGCAGUGUGUCCACUGGAGGUGCCAUCGCCGCUUCCACAGCAAUGCCGUACGUGCCGCUGCCCACUGAUCCGCACAAUCUGACUGAGGCCGAGUAUGCCGCCGAGCGUGCGCGCAUACGGGAGGAAUUCUUUGCCACCUACGAUGUUAUGACGGGCGUGCGCAUUGCAGCCACUCUAGGCGGAUUCUUCGGCCUGAUGGUCUUCCUGAUUGUGUGGAAGAGUCGAAGCAGUUCCAAUGAGACCAUGAAGGUCCUAAAGGAUCCCAAGAUGGCCGCUGUGGCCGCCGUUUGCAUGCAGGAGGAGGAGGAGCGUGAGAUACAAGAGGCGAUUGUCGCCACCGGUAUGUCCAUCUAUCCGGAUGAGUACGACGCUCUGGUUUAUAGGCGACAACGAAUGCUCUCGCUGGGCAAUGUAAGUGCACCGCCAAUGCUGCAUCGCGGCUACCGUUGCUCUUCCAUGGUUGCUGGUUGCACCACCGGCGCCGGCUACAGUUAUUUGCUGGAGCCACCGCGUCGCUUCUCCUACUCGGCCAUCUCGGCUGGUGGUGGCAGUAGUCAUAUAGGCGUUGGUCGUCGCAAAAGCGGUUCAGAAUCGUCUCGCAUCUUCAGCAAUUAUCCAAUGGGCGGCAGCUUUGGCACCGAUGACUACUUUGUGGAAACAGAGGACGAGAUGGACCAUGAGCCGUAUAUGCAGCGGGAUGGAACGCUGCAAGAGUUGGACGAGGAGGCCCAAACGCACAAACGAUCGGAUUCGACGCGCAGCAAACAAGGGUUUCUAUCCGUGCCACUAGCGGGUCACGACUCUCGACGCAGCAGCGCAAUGACCUGUUGCAGCACAGACAGCUCCUAUCUUGAGCGCCGCACCUCUGCUUACACACUGGGCAUGAGCAACUUGCCGCCAACUCUGCAGCGUAAGCUUUCGACUGCGUCGCGCACAUCGAGCAUAGAGAACUGGGACUACUACUAUCCGGACAUUCAGGUGAUACAGCCCACGCCCAAGGCGUCUCCUUGUCCCUCGGAACGCAGCAUUCACGAGCCAGCCUCCAAGUCCAAGGUGCCUGCAGCUCCAGCCAAUGCUUCAGUUGGUUCCUGUGGCUUAAGUGCUCCCACAAUUGUUCCCAAGCACAGUAUUGUCUCGUACGACCCAGAUAGCGCUCAGGCCGGGCGCAAACAGCAGAUUCACUCCAUCAGUGCUGACACAGUAGACGUGUAUCCAUACAAUCAGGCUCUUGUUGGCGCUGGAAGCAUCUUGGACCUAGGCCUGCCAUUGCCCAAGCCCAUACAAUCGGCGCCUCCAACGAGUGCCCAUCAACAAGCGUUUCAUUUCUCCGACUCACCCUCGGACGAACUACGUCUGGGUGUGCGUCGCAAAUUGACGGUUGUGGAGCUGCAGCGUUCAGCUGCUCCAGCUCCCGAAAGCAACAACAAUAGCUUUCCCUAUACCACCAAUGCAACCACAGCGGCAGCAUCUGCGACAACUGCAACUGCAACAGCAACGACAGCAACGGCGAUGACUAUGGCGGCCAACUCCAGCAGCAUUAGCAUUGACAGUACACCCAUGAGCAUGGACAAGCUGAAUGGCAGCGUCAGUCUGGGGACCGUUUCGGCCAAGGCACUUUUCAAUGCCGAGAAGCGUGCGCCGCUCGCCUCACUUAGUUCCUUUAAGAUCUCUUCGCUCGAUUAUCAAGACUCUGAGCUGCGUUCCCUGGACGAGGAUUCGGUUUUUGGAGUGGAAAGUAACGCCGAUACGGACGACGACAUGCAGCAGCUGAGCAGUGAUAGCGAGGAACAGGCUCUACAGGCAGCGGCUGCUGCAACGGCAGCUGCAAAUGCCAUAGUGGAGAAGGUGACUUCUGCAGACCCACAGCAGAAGCUGCCGCAGCAGCCAGUGCUGGCACCAUUAGUACUUCAUCAUCCCAGUGAGAAACGCUUGAGUCUGAGCACAAUGCCAACGGGCGUGCGUCCUAGGCGGCCGCUCCUGCAACGCCAUCGCACCAUCAGCGCUUCUUCGAGUGAUCGCAUCCAGCUGCUGGGCCAACCACUACAUGAAUUUCAAUCGGCUGGCGCAGCCAAUCAGGCCUUAGCAGUGGCGCCACUGGAAACCCAUUUUGGGGCAAUCAUCUGCACCGGCAAUAGUCCGCCAACAUCGGCGCAACCACGACGCGCGCAUCUCCUCCAGCAAUACAGCGAUCCACAGAGCUUGCCAACAACAACGACGACAACCACCACAACUACCACGGAGGAGGACACGUGCUCCACUCUGAACACGGAGGUGGGAUUGCUGGAUGCAGUCGGUGGUGGUAGUGGCGGCAAUCCAGGUGGCAGCGGGGAGUCUGCCACUCAGACACAGUACAGCAGCCUCAACACGGUCAUUAGUCUAGGUCGUUCCAGUCCCCUGACGGACAAUAAUUUUUUGUGUUCCAGUGGCUCAGCCACAAACGUCAAUAACAUCAACAACAACAAUACGCAGGUGCCGCAGCCACCCAUACAAACGCAUGCCACACAACUGCCACUUAGCAAACCUGCUCACGACCCAUGUGCGUCCUCCAUAUCGGAUUCGGUGGUCACCACACGCCCCCAGACAAUCUGCAUGCCGUCCUCACUGAAGGAGCUUAUAUUAAGGGGUGGCGGUGGUCCGGUUGGUGCUCAGGGUUUUGCAUUAAGCGGUGUCAGCAGAAGUGCCACGAAUCUCAAUGUCCUCUGCACAGCCACUGGCAGCGAUGAAGGGCGUCUUGUACCCACAGCAACGCCUGCCGUGAUGCUGGAACUGCCGCUGAUAAAGCUGCCCACUGAGGAGGAUGAUACCGAUGAUGAUGACCGGGCCUUGGAGGAUGGGGACCAUAACGAUAGCGACGGACUAGCUUCCCAAGGCAAUCGCAGUAAGAGUGAGGAGUCCCAUGAUCCCAGCUUGCCCAGCACUUCGAGAAAAUGGUCCAAGGAGACGCUCUUCUAGCCAACCUUGUUCAGGCUGCUCAGUAGUCCUGGGCAUGGAACGAACUUGUGUGUUAGAGCUUAAUAACUGACUGUUUACGUAUUGUUGUCAAUGGUGACGAUAAGGAUUGAUCCGGGUUUGGAUUUUUUUGCGCCCUGGUUGUUGUUAGUUAAGACAUCAGCUCAUUAUUUGGCAACGAGAUGUAAACUACAAAACGUGUAUUGCAGAAUAUAUGGAUAUGUGCACCUACAAACAUGUAUAUAUCGAGUUAUAUGCAUAGGUACAUUCAUAUACAUAUAUAGAUGAUAUACAACUUACUAGAUAAAUCGGUAGAGUUUAAGCGCAUUUAGUGAAAACGAAAAGUUAGGCCAAUAGUAAAGAGUUGCUUGCGAGAUACAUACAUACUUACUUGUACACGUAUAUUUGAAGACAUUACAACUUUUUUAAGAGGCAAUUUCUUAAAACUCACUCCUCGUAGUAGUUGGCAAGUGAACAAGAACAAACAACGUAUUCGUACUUAGAGACUGUUGUCUAUUAUUAAUAGAACUCUAAAGUUAAGUAUUGAUACUCGGAUUUAUUUUUCACACUAUCUCCAACCCAAGCAGAGCAAAGCGAAUGUCAGCAUCCAGCCGAUAUCAGACCCUUCAAAGAAAAACUAUUGUAGUGUCUUAAAUGUGCAUAUACAUAUAUAGUAUACUAUAUACAAAAACUACAGCCAAAUACUAAAAGUAUUACAACUUAGUAACAAAAUAGAUUGCACACACACAAAUACAACAUGACUUACAAAUACAUAUGCAUGUGUAGGUCAAAGCCCUCGAUGUACUCUGACUUAUACCUACACAUUAUUACAUGCAUGACAAUUUUGUAAAAUAUUUGAAGAGUACUCUUAGUUUGUGCAUUUCGAACUUUCAUUUUACUCCUACAUGGAGAAUUUACAAUUUUACAACUACUUGA